AUGCCGGUCUCUUUCUACGACGAGAUCGAGCUCGAGGACAUGUCCUAUGACGAGGAGAAGGAUCUGUUCCACUACCCUUGCCCCUGCGGCGAUCGAUUCGAGAUCACGCGUCAGCAGCUCAAGGAUGCCGAGGACGUCGCAAGGUGUCCUAGCUGUUCGUUGAUCAUCCGAGUCGUCUUCGAUCCCAUCGACUUCGAAGAUGACGAUGAGCCACCAGCGAACACGAUCGAGACAGCCAACCAGACGGUCGCAGCAGCUGCGUAA